GUGUUUGCCCCGAUGUACAUAACUGCAUAUUAGACUCGACUGGUCACCACUUUCCUCCACCUCCGCUGCCGCGUCGCGCCACUCGUUUCUUCGAGAGCCACUUACUAGCGACCUGAGUAGCUUAGUCGGCCACCCUGGGAAGAAUGCCUACCAUGACAGACACAGACCUAUGGUACACUCGUGGACGGUGAGCAUUGUGCUUAGCACCCCUUAUCCUUCCGCUGACUGGGAUGAUGUUUGAACAACAUUGGCACCUGUCAUCGUUCGCAGAUACUUCGUUGCGAAUCGCAACUCCGCUUGUGCUGGUCGGUCAUCCACAGUUCUCUCUGUUAGUUGCUCGAUGGUCCACCGAUAGCUGAUACACGCGAAUUCGCAGCUGUCAUGCUUUAUGACUAUGUACUGACAAUUCACGAUGAGGUGAAUCUGAUCUGGGGUCUAAAGAAACUGAACAGCGGCACCAUCAUUUAUAUAUGCAACCGGCUUGUGAUGUUCGGACUCUUGUAUGAGUGGUUUAGAGGGGACCAAUCUGGAAAGGCUCCUGAUGCAAGUCAAUGCCUAAUCACCACGGUUGUAGACAAUGUAUUCGUGAAUUUCUCGUUUACGAUCUGGGCAGUCGUUUCUGCCUUGAGAGUACACGCUCUCACUAGGCGUAAUUGGUGGCUAUCGAUGGUGACGUUCAUAACGGGGAUGGUACCAUGUGUCUUGAACACGCUGACGAAUGUAUAUGAUGCUUAGUCCGCCGAUGUCACAGCGACUUACAGCGUCUAUGCUUCUCGGGGUC